AGAGAAAGACAGCAGGGCUACCACUGACCUUAAAACAUUUUAAACUCUAGUUAAGUUUCCCAAGAUAAUCACUUCAGUUCAUAUGAUUGUAAGAGAAUUUCAUUGGUGGUGGGUGCUAUAUAAGUCAACUAACCUUUGGAUAUAUAGCCGGAUAGAGGAAAGAUUAGCCUACAGAUCUCUCUCUCUCUCUCGAUCGAGUUGGCAAAGUUUGUGAAGAAGAAAGGGAGUAGAAGAUGGCAGGAGGAUCUUUAGCUCCAAUUGGUGUGUCUAAGGAGAGAGCAGAGCAAUACCAAGGGAAGGUUACCUCUUAUGUUAUCAUUUCAUGCAUUUUUGCUGCCAUUGGUGGAUCCAUCUUUGGCUAUGACAUCGGAAUUUCAGGAGGGGUGACAUCAAUGGAUGGAUUUCUUCAAAAGUUCUUCCCAACUGUCUACAAGAAUACAACGCAUGCUCAUCAAAACAACUACUGCAAGUACAACAACCAAGGCCUAUCAGCAUUCACAUCGUCUCUCUAUCUUGCCGGUCUUGUCGCAUCUCUAGUGGCAUCCCCCAUUACCCGAAAAUACGGGCGUCGUGGAAGCAUAUUGUGUGGUGGAACAAGCUUUAUAAUAGGAGCAACUUUAAAUGCUUCAGCUGCAAACCUCGCAAUGCUUAUAUUGGGUAGGAUCAUGCUUGGGUUCGGCAUAGGAUUUGGAAACCAGGCGGUUCCCCUAUAUUUGUCAGAGAUGGCGCCUUUCCAUCUCAGAGGAGGUCUGAACAUGAUGUUUCAGUUGGCAACAACCCUGGGUAUCUUCUCAGCAAACAUGAUCAACUACGGAACAUCAAAGCUUGAACCGUGGGGAUGGAGGCUCUCCCUAGGCCUGGCUGCAGCACCAGCUCUUUUAAUGACAUUGGGAGGUAUAUUUGUUCCCGAGACACCUAACAGCUUAGUCGAACGAGGAAAAACAGAAGAAGGAAGAAAAAUUCUAGAAAAGAUUAGGGGGACCGAUAACAUCCAUGCAGAAUUGCAAGAUAUAACUGAUGCAAGCGAAUUAGCAAAGUCGAUUGAGCAUCCCUUUAGAAACAUCCUCAAAAAAAGGAACAGGCCACAAUUAGUCAUGGCAAUCUUCAUGCCAACAUUCCAGAUCCUCACAGGCAUCAAUUCAAUCCUCUUCUAUGCGCCGGUUUUAUUUCAAAGUAUGGGGUUUGGGGGAAAUGCUUCACUAUACUCUUCUGCCUUGACUGGAGCUGUACUCGCUUCAUCUACGUUAGUCUCUAUUGCAACCGUUGACAAGUGGGGUCGGAGAACUUUACUAAUUGGUGGGGGAAUACAGAUGAUUAUAUGCCAGGUUAUAGUCGCUGUUAUCCUGGGGGUCAAGUUCAGCAGUGAAACGGAGCUCUCGAAAAGCUUCUCGGUACUAGUGGUGGUGGUAAUCUGCCUCUUUGUUGCAGCCUUCGGAUGGUCAUGGGGCCCGCUGGGCUGGACAGUGCCAAGUGAAAUAUUCCCAUUAGAAAUCAGAUCAGCUGGACAGAGUAUCACGGUAGCUGUAAACCUCUUCUUCACUUUCGUUAUAGGCCAGUCUUUCCUUUCCCUCCUCUGUGCUUUCAAGUUCGGGAUUUUCCUCUUCUUUGCUGGUUGGAUUACAGUCAUGACGAUUUUUGUCUACGUCUUCCUACCCGAAACCAAGGGAAUCCCUAUUGAAGAGAUGAUAUUCGUUUGGAGAAAGCAUUGGUUCUGGAAGACAAUUGUUCCUAGGUACCCAGAUGCCAAUGAGAGUGAUGUUAUGCAAAGUGAUUCAAUGGAGUGAGGUAAAAACAGUUAAUUUAAUGGCAUGACUAUCUGAUCAAAUAAAAAAAUGGCAUGACCAUCGGCUGAGCUAUCGGUCACAAGAUGAUUAAUUACCUCAACUCAGAACAUCAAGAAUGUCGUGGAAUGAAUUGAUUGGAAUGCAAUUUACCUUACAACACAAAUUGCGUUUACAUACCAUUUA